UUCAGUUAUUCUUAAGACAGGCGCAUCACAGAGCAGGACACCGGUGAGUCUGCUGCUACCUGCCACAACUUAAUUGUCGCCCUCAACAGCCGCCAACAUGUCGGUGGGGCCAUUUUUGCUGUCACGCCCCGUGAACUCAUUGCAAAAUACAAUCGUAUUUCCCCUCAUGACAGCGGGCAUGGAUGGCCAGGAAACCCUUAGAGGCUUCGUCAACUUUUUAAUGCCCAUCCACAUCAUAAUCGACAGCUUCGUCGAAGACCUUCAGCUCGGCCGGAGCUACAGCGAGGAUCAGAUUGGGGUGUACGAGAGCCUGGCGUCCAGAUUAACAAGUCAGUUCAGGUUGGAGGGGCGCGCCUGCAUCCUACGUUUCAUCUGCGAACUGCAGCAGCGUCCUAUAGGUCGUUGGACGCUGACCGGACACCUCAUAUCCCUCCUUUUUACUCCUCAGGUUGGUAAGAAGGAUGGAGAUGCAGAGAUGUUGAAGGAAUACUUGGUGGCUCAAAUUCUUGGCAAGAAGAACAAUUUCGACUGCAGCUCUCUGUAUGGCUCUUGUCCCUUCAGUGCCUUCAACUACUUUGAGUUUAUCCGCAACACCACUGCUGCCUUGAAUAGCAGUGGAGAAGAAAACCUACAGAUGUUGUGAAGCUGACUUUUUGAAGACACUUUUGGUAACCUUCAGAGCAUGUGAAAUAGCCUCUCCAGGACAGAUGAAUCACUUAAGAACAGUUUAAUACUGUACAGUACCCCAUUCAGUAAUCAUUGAUCCUAAGAGUAGUAGAACUUGACUUCAACCAAAUAUUACCAGUAACUUAAUUUGCAUGAAAAAUAUGCAUGAAAAAUGUUUGUUUGUUUCAUAUAUGGGCUAUAUAUGAGGGUUUGC